UAGUUAUUAGAUUGAGAGGAAAGUAGGUCAUAGCGAAUAAUGCUGAUACUGUCCACAUUCGCUCGAUAGCGUUCCUGCCUUCUUAAUAGGAGGAUCGCAUCCGACAGCCUUGGGAAAUGGUGAAGGAAGAGCAGCCCUCGUCUAUCUCUGUGAUAAUCUAAUGGCAGACCAAAGAAUGGACAUCUCCUCCACAAUGAAUGAGUUCAUGUCUCCCAGUUCCACUGACCUGAUCAGCGGCUCCAUGGGAACGCCAGGCAUGGACUAUAGCCGCAAGAGGAAGGGCAGCAUCACCGACUAUCAAAUCGAUGGUUUUUCUUUCGAAUCUGAGGCUUCAUGGAUGAGAUUCCUCAUCCCAAACUCACAGCUCACACAAUACCCUGAGAGUGAACGGGACAGUAUGGACGCAGACAAUGACAAACAACUUGAAAGGGUCGAUCUGCAGAUUAAGAAUGCAAGGGAGGCUCACAGUCAGAUAGAGAAGAGACGCAGAGACAAGAUGAACAGCUUUAUUGAUGAGCUGGCUUCAUUAGUGCCUACCUGCAAUGCCAUGUCCCGCAAACUGGAUAAACUCACUGUGCUGCGCAUGGCGGUCCAGCAUAUGAAAACACUUCGAGGUGCUGCAAACCCUUAUACUGAAGCUAACUACAAGCCAGCCUUUUUAUCAGACGAUGAGCUGAAGCACUUAAUAUUAAGGGCUGCUGAUGGCUUUCUAUUCGUUGUGGGCUGUGAUCGGGGAAAGAUCCUUUUUGUGUCAGAGUCCGUCUACAAAAUUCUAAAUUACAGUCAGAAUGACCUGAUUGGCCAGAGUUUGUUUGAUUAUUUGCAUCCAAAAGACAUCGCAAAAGUCAAAGAGCAGCUCUCGUCAUCUGACACAGCACCACGGGAGAGACUCAUUGAUGCUAAAACCGGGCUGCGAGUCAGGACAGACAUUGCCCCUAGCCCCUCCAGAUUGUGCUCAGGGUCCAGACGCUCCUUCUUCUGCAGAAUGAAGUGCAACAGGUCCCACGUGAAAAUGGAGGAAAAAGAUUUCCCCUCGACUUGCUCCAAAAAGAAUGCCGAUCGCAAGAGCUUCUGCACCAUCCACAGCACUGGCUAUCUCAAGAGCUGGCCGCCCAUAAAGAUGGGGAUAGAUGAAGACAAUGAGCCUGAUAAUGAAGGCUGUAAUCUCAGCUGCUUAGUAGCCAUUGGCCGAUUACAUCCUCAUAUUGUCCCCCAACCUAUGAAUGGAGACAUCCGGGUGAAGCCGACAGAGUAUGUCUCGCGCCAUGCCAUUGAUGGGAAGUUUGUUUUUGUGGACCAAAGGGCCACGGCCAUUCUUGCUUAUCUACCUCAAGAGAUGCUGGGCACGUCUUUCUAUGAGUAUUUCCAUCAGGAUGACAUCGGACAUCUUGCUGAAUGCCAUAGACAGGUUCUGCAGAUGAGAGAGAAGAUCAACACUAACUGUUACAAUUUCAAGAUUAAAGAUGGAUCUUUUAUAACUUUAAGAAGUCGAUGGUUCAGUUUCAUGAACCCUUGGACCAAAGAAGUAGAGUACAUAGUCUCAACUAAUACAGUUGUCUCGGGAAGUUCACUUGAAGGAGCAGAGCCUCACUAUCCUCAGCUCACUGCUUCCCCUCAGAGUAUGGACAGUGUCCUUACAGCCGGUGACGGCUCAGUGAAGUCUGUUCCCGGAAUCCCUGGAAGAACGAGACCCGGGGCAGGAAAGAUCGGACGCAUGAUCGCAGAGGAAGUGAUGGAGAUCCAAAGGAUAAGAGGCUCAUCCCCGUCUAGUUGUGGCUCAAGCCCCCUCAACAUCACCAACAGCACACCCCCUCCUGACACAUCGUCCCCUGCGGGGAGGAAGUUUUCAAAUGCUGGAACUCCAGACCUUCCUUCUGCUGGGAUGAUGUCAGGCCAGGACAGCAUAGGAUAUCCUUUCUCUAACAGCUCUGUUUUAAGCGAUCAUUCACACAUUGGUAUGGGUGACAUCCUGGACGAGCCCGGUUCCAGCAGUCCCAGUAGUGAUGAGGCUGCGAUGGCGAUCAUCAUGAGCCUGCUGGAGGCGGAUGCGGGCCUCGGGGGUCCAGUGGACUUCAGUGACUUACCCUGGCCACUGUGAGAGUUCACCCAUCAUCUGUACCACCUGACACACUGUAUCCUGCAACAUACAGUAACUCCAUCCCGUUCACGUGAUGACCAGCCAUGACUUUGACAAUCAACACGUCUGGACAGUUUGUUUUUUCUUGAUGUCUCAAUGCCUCAGAUAGCAAAAUCUCAUUGGUCCACAAUCCCACUCCACAGCUGUAUAUUCCAAUGUGUCAAAUCUUGUUACUAUUUCACUUGCAUUGAGGACAAGUGACGGUGUUAGAUUGCUCAUCCUACAACACCAUCAUCAUCAGUGCAAGGAUAUUGUUUUAAUGGACAGAAUGGAGCACGUCUUGUUUGGCUAAGAGAUGAUUUCAGUUAUUUUUGUGUUUCUGCAUAUUUACUUAUAAAAAAAACAAUAUGUAACAUAGUAUGUAUUCUAACAUGUAUGAUUUAUUUUAUCUGAAGGUAUACGAUUUAAAUUAACAAAAAGGCAGUGACAUUUUUUUUAAAUAAAAAGUAUUUUUCUCUUUAUAUUAUAUUAUUUUUAUGGAAAACUAUUUGAGUACAAUCUUCAUUUCUUGUGAGUACACCAUUCAGAUAAAAAAUACAAAAAAAAAAAAAAAGCACCAAAUAUUUUUUCUUUAAAUUAGAAAUUGCGUUCUCUGUGUUUACAGAAAAAACUUGUUUUUAUCUGAAUUCUACGCAUUCCCAAACCUGAUGAAGUUUAGUGCAGGUAAUAAAACGGCCCUAGCCAAUUAUACAGCCAACACUCUUCAUCUAUACUGUCUUUGACAUCAAACAGAGCACAUUAACAUUAUAUAUCUUUAUUAAUACAAUGAUUUUCAAGCGCUUGAACAGACAGAUCUUGAGUAGAUAAAUUAAUGUCCAGCUGAGAAAAACACUGCAUUCAUUCACCAGGCAAAAUGGACCUCCCGAGGAGAGCUUUCCAAAAGAAAAAGUGGCAUCAAGUGAAAGGAACGUCAUAAUAUUAAUAAUAAUUAAACUCGUUGCACUAAUAAUAGAAGUCAAAUGUAAAACAACGAUAGUAACAAUAAUUAGAAUCAAGGUCAAAUUACAAAAUAAGUGAGGUUGCUAAUUUCAUUUCAAACAAACAAAAAUAAAUUUCCUUUGGUCAAGUAAAAAAAAAAAAAA